AUGAAGCUCACAUCACAGCUUUUCGUAGCCGGCCUGGCCCCUUUUGCCCAUGCAUUCCCUGCUAUGAUGUACGAGGCAGCGGCGGCUGAUCCUACCAUUGAGGCUCGUGCUAAGGAGUUGGAGAAAAUGCUUGAAGCUCGUCAAGCCGGCGCAGACGCGGCUACAGCCCUCUUUGAGCCCAUCAACACAUUCAACGCAGAGAAGCAAUACAUCAACAUCGAGGCAGGCAGCGGUCACGAGUACGUGCCGCCUGGUUCUGGAGAUCUCAGAGGACCUUGUCCAGGUCUGAACGCAUUUGCAAACCACAACUUUAUCCCACAUAGCGGCUAUGCCACAGUCCAGCAAUACAUUGAUGCAACUACGAAGGUCGUCGGUAUGGGGCCCCAAUUGGCGCUAUUUCUCUCCGUAAUCGGAGGUGCAAUCGACGGCGACCUCUUAUCCUGGUCCAUCGGCGGUACGCCCACCAUUGCGCAGGGUGGCGUUACUGGUGUCUUGGGUAACGGGCUUGUUGGCUCGCACAACAAGUAUGAGGGAGAUGCCUCUCCUACAAGACCCGAUCUUUAUGAGGCUGGUAACAACUACAAGACUGUGACGAGCCAGUUCCAGGACCUCAUCAACCACUCGCCUGGUGGCCAGGUCACCCUGGACUCUCUCACCGCCUUCCGUUCAGACCGCUUCGACACUCAAAUCCGUAAUAACCCCAACUUCUUCAUGGGUCCCUUCUCAGGUGUACUUGUGCAGCCCGCCGCCUACACCUUCAUCUACCGCUUUAUGGCAAAUCAUAGUGCUGAAAACCCAGCUGGUCUGCUCACUUACGAGACCAUCCAGUCUUGGUUUGGUGUGGAAGGCACCAACGGCAACUACAACGCCGUGCAAGGAACGGAGCGCAUCCCUAAGAACUGGUACAGGCGUGCUCUUGAGUAUCCUUACGAGACUGAUUACUUCCUCGUCGAUGUUCUGAACGCCGCUAAGCUCCACCCCAAGUUCCUCGACAUUGGCGGAAACACUGGCACGACCAAUUCUUUUGCAGGUGUUGAUGUUGCCAACCUUACGGGCGGACUCUUCAACUCAGCAGAUCUUCUGAAGGGCAACAAUCUCGGUUGUUUUGUCUACCAACUCUCAGCACAGGCGAAGCCUGACAUCCUUCUUGGGGCUUUGACCAAGCUGACUAAUGCCAUUGGUAGCAUCAUCGGUUCUCUUGGCUGUCCGCAACUGCAAGCCAUCGAUACCGAGCAACUGAAGCAAUUCCCGGGCUACAGCCAGAAGCCGGUGUAUGGUUAG